UCGAAGAUGGCUGUUGUUCCUAUGAUAGUGCUGUGUUUGACCGCUUGUACGCCGUGUGGGGACCCUCACGAGAACCGCUCCUGCGUCCCUGGACUCACAACAGACCGGCUGCAUCGUAAUUUCUAUGGCAUCGCCGAUCGGAACUUGACGGGACACGGAUACCGCCUCAUGGAGGGGACUUCAAGGAUUCGGUGUGUCCAUGAGUGCCAUUCAGAUCCCCGUUGCUUCUCUGUCAAUUUUUCGGACGGGACGGUGCCGAGUCUUUGUGAGUUGAACGUAGCUACCGCGACCUGUGCCCCUCACCACCUGGUUGAUUGGAGUGGUGUCUUCUACUACGGGCCAGAAAAGCUAGAAGUCGUAGAGAAACUCUGUUUAGUUGUGGAAGAUGUGAAAG